UAUUCACACAAAUGCGGUUGAGUUAUUAUACUGCUUACUUAAUACAUCCAAUUUAUUCUGCCAAAUCGACUAGCGCAAGAUUCAUAUUAUUCGGGUCUUUAUUGUAUGGAAAAGUUAAAGAUAGUUUUGAGGAAAUUAAAAAGGUAUCGGGCAAUGGAAAAAAGGUAGAAGAUUUUUAA